GGUCCAUCCCUCCAUCCGCAGUGGCAAACAAAACAAAAACAAAGAACACACGUGGGAUGACUUUUUCGUGCACAAAUAUAUGCCAAAAAAAAAAGAACAAGACACUUAAAAAACUGAGCGAACCUGAGCAUCAGCUGAGCAUCGUCCUUCGUAGGUGAUGCAGAACCGUGAGGUGGAGUUCGUUUGGCGGCUGUCGCAGAGUUUGGACCCUCGAGCCGCUGGCCACGGCCUGCUCGUGGCCCACUUGUUGUAAGUUUUUUCCUCACUUGUCAGGUCAUGGCCCAUCAUCAGGUAGGCGACCUGCCGGAAGAGCUGCUGCAGGGUCGGCAGCUGAAGAGGAGAGUGAGGAGUGUGCGCGAGUUGCUGUUGGGCGACGACGCGGAGAGCAAGGAGACGCGUGCCCUGAGAGCCAGGGUGGCAAGGGCGAGCGCACCCUUUGCGCAAACGGGUCUGCAGACGUACCGCGAGUUGGUGGCCACCGCGGCCGUGCUACCUUCAGGGUUGCCGGCCCUCGAUUUGCUUCUCCCGGACGGCGGCCUCGCCAGCGGCCAACUGAUCGAGGUGUGCGGAUAUCCGGCCGCCGGCAAAAGUCGCCUCUGCCACACCGUCGCCUGCAACGUCGCCCUCAACCUUGAGAAAAGGGUCCUCUAUAUCCAAACAAAGGGUGACUUCAGCGCCAACACCGUCCUUAAAAUCAUGAGAGGCAGAUUCCAACUCGAGUCAUCCUCCUCCAAAGUGGAGACGGCGAUGAAGCGAAUCUCUGUGGCGACCGUUCGCAGCCUCGAGUGUUUGGUGGUGCAGUUGCCAGGACUGGUGGCCGAGACGCGGCCGCGUCUGGUGGUGUUGGACUCGGUGGCCUCCUUGGCACACCCUCACCUGGGCGGCGGCCAGAUGCGCACUCUGGCCAAAUUGCAAACAGCGGCCGCCUUGCUGAAGAGAUUGGCCGCUGAGCAGCAGGUGGCAUUUCUGGUCGUCAACCAUCUGCAGCAGCCAACGGCCGAAGAAAAAGAGCCCAAGGCUGCCCUAGGCGCUGCAUGGCACUCAGUGCCUCACACCCGUCUGCUUCUCUCCAAAGGUCACCCUCACGGCACCGCCACCCUGCUCAAGGACCCUACCUGCUCCAAGAAGAAGACCAUCACAAUUGAAUUCUAAUUUAUCUCUUCUGAAAUAUUUAAAUGAAGCUCUUGAACUAUUUUGUUGGUACAGGAAGAGGUGUAAGAGACUCGAAGAAAUUGGAUCCCUCAAUUUGCCCAGUGGUGCUGUCCGGCCCGCAGUCAAGUGUCAGUUCUGCUUCAACUCGUGGAAUGAGCAGCUCUUCAGAGUCCGAGUCAAGAAGAAAUCGAAACUGAAAACCAAAUCGAAAAAGGUCCUCAAGAGACAUGAAGCUGACCCACUGCAGCUGCGACCUGUUGAAAAAAACCUGGUUCCUAAACUUAAGAAAAACUGCCCUGCUCUGAUUCUGACGUGCCCAAUGUGCCAGAAAACAUCAGAAUUUCAAUUGCCGAAAAAAGUUGCUCCCCCUCCAGAGACCCCAGAACCUCAGUCAUUGAAGAAAAAGAGGAAAAAGAGCAAGAAGGACAAAUUGUGCGGCCUGAGAAUGUCCUUGAAUAGUUCUGAUCUGUCCUGUCAUUCGCCGCUGCUCUCCUCUGCAGCCUCUUCCCCUUGUGCCUCGCCAAUUCCAGUGAAAUCGCCAAUGACCUCGACCCCCAAAUCAGCCUUGACAAAACUUAAAGUAAGUCCUGCUGUAGUUGCCAAUUCGUUGAAAAAGGACAAACUGAAAAAACAAGUGGUGAACAAAGAUUUGCUGAAGAAAAUGAUGCUCAACCAGUCACGCAAAAAUACACUCGGAGACUUUUUAAAAUCAAUUCCCUGAUUAAAUGUUUAUGAUAACUGAUUAAAUCAACAUUAUUUUCAAUACAAAUAAUGUGCUU